AUGGAAUCCUUGACUGUGCGCCCUGAACCCCCGGAUUCCUUUCGCAUCAGGCGCAAGCCCGUCUCCAACCCCAACUUGCGGGCGACUGUCGAUCCCCCAUCUCACAACACAAGCUCGCUAUCUCCGCCUCGUUCAUUGUCCAGACCUCCAUCCUACACUGAUCUAUUUGGACCGGCACAUCGAGACUCUCCGGUGACACCUCAGAGGCCUCGAACAGCUGGUGCGACAUCCUCAUCGAUCUCCUUAUCACAAACACAAACACAGGCACCGCCACCGCCACCGCCACAGCUGCCAACCCCCAUCCAAAGAGCGUAUGGGGAAGCUCGGCACUUUCUCGGGGGUUUGAUCAGUCACCCAGCGGAGUCAAACAAGCAUUUCACUCUAUUGCGCCAUGGAUUUCCAGUCGUCUUCUAUCGCGGAAAUGCCACAUCGGUCGCGGUGUCUAUCUUCUCCGAUAGCCCCUUGCCGCUCGAUCGGACUCUCUGGCUGCAAAACAGAGGCUGGUCCGGAACAACCGGAAUGCGCACUAAAGCAUUAUUUCGAUUAAACGACAGUUGGCUUGAUGUCACACCAGGCAUGCCCGUACGAGCCGACCAGGUGAACCCGGAUGAUGAACGUGCUUGGCAGCGCGAUAUUAAAAAGUUUCGCAAGAAGGCUCCCCAACGUCCUCGUGAUACGCAUCAGUUGCGCGAGACGGUUGUCGUGCGAAUUCCAGCUGAGGCCGGUGAUGGUUACUUCCAGCUGGUGCUCUGCCAGGGCCCCAAGAAGAAGGUUCUCAGGCAACAGUCCAGUCUUUCGUUUGGCGCAAUGGUGGUCGGUUUAUAUGCGAAAACAGCCGCACGAACUGCAGCCGCCCCCGCCUCUGCGGCGCUUGCUACCAGAGUCGAUCGAUAUCGCCCGACCUGGGUCAAACAGGCUGCAGUACAAAAGGUUUAUACUGCAAGUGGUGUUGAAACACGCGUUGCAGGACUGUUCACCUCCUCUGCUGGUCCAGGUCAAGGCGUCGCCGUCGAUGAAAGUGUUUCCCCAGUCGCUUGUCAAUUACCGGUGGGGGAUGGUCCACAAGCACCCUUCCCACUGACCUUCAAAGCCCGAGGUCAAAUUGACAACUCCGCACCUUUCAAUAGUCCCACAGACACUCCAAAGUUGACCCUCACAAGCACUCCCGAUUGGGUAAUUGAGCAGCUACGUGGAUACUUUUUUGGCUGGGCAAGGUUCGACGCAAGCACUGAGAAAGAUCCAUCAUUAGGUUCUUGGUCCCCCAUGAUUUUGGCCGUUCGAAAUUUGGAUCCACUCCGGGCUUCGCGUGUCAAUAUCUCACAAAUUUCGAAACAUGUUGUAACACUACGUCUAUUGGACGAGGUACCAAUACAGACAAGCAAGGUUCAAAUCCGGGUGUUGGGGUUCCUCAGAGUUGAGGUUCCGCCUCCCAGAGGUAGCACUAGUCAGGAACUUGCAGACGCCCAGGCUGCGGCUGGAGAAGCAGCCGUCCUAGCUGAUGCUUAUGAUGCUGAUGUAGUGCAGAAUACCUUGGUUUAUCCAGGUUGGUCACCUGAAACCCCUAGUGCACUUGAGAUCCAGAAGCAACAAUCGAGCUGGGUUGGUCGAACCUUGGAAGGAUACACGACCAUGCGGGCCAAAGGACAGAAAUGGGUCGAUCAAGUGCCGUUGCAUAAGCUUGGGGUUCGUUCGGAGACUGAUGAAUGGCGGGAGAGACAAGUGGCUGUCAAUGGGUUUUGGAUCGUUCGAUGA